CAGAGUCCCUCGUUGGGGAGGCGUCUACAUAUCUUUGGGUGGGUGGGGAACCGGAAGGAGGAAAAACCAUUUUUUAAGCCGGAAAGAAAGAAAAAGUUAUUUUCUUUUAAGGCUCCUCCUUCGGGCAGCCGGCGACGAUCGUGCUUGAGAAGAAGCAAACGGAGCUCGAAACAUGUCCGGGCGGGACUCCGGAUUGCAAAACCCCGAGGCCGCCUCGGGUUUUUCCGACCUGAGCGACUCCGAGUUCUUGCAGAUAGAAGAGCCGAAGAUCGGGGAACUCCUAAGUGGUCCCAGGCCUCAGCCUGUUGAUUCUCGGAGGGCUAAUGUGGAGGAAAGGAAGAGGAGGAGAGCAAAGAGAAAAAGACCCAGGAGGACGCCUCUCGAAGCUUUCCACCUGCGCUAUCUUUGCGUCACGGAUCUCUCUGCUCAAGUGUGGUGUGAGCAACAGACCGUUUAUCACAAAGAAAAGCCAAGCGUGCAAUUGCCAGAGAAGACAACGGUGGUCUUGAAUACAGGAAAAUCCAUCCAUCUUGCCAGAGAACUGCAAGAUCAUAACCUGGUGCCCGUCAAGACCAGGAGCCGAGAAGACAGAUGGGCCAUCAAGCUGCUUAAUGUCCUCCUGACCAUAACUAAUCUACGAAAAGGUCAGCGUGUGCGCGAAUGUCCAGUCUUUGGCGUAUUAGAAGGCAUUUUCGUGUUUGGGAUUAUUGACCAGCUGAAUUAUACGGCUAAAGGGGAAUUGCAACUGAAUGAGUUGAAGACGAGGGAAAAGGCUUACAUGCCUGUACCUGGGCAGAAGAAGAGGGACCGCUUUCAGGUCUCUUUAUAUAAACAUCUCUUCGAUGCGAUGGUGCAAGGGUGCUUAACCCAAGAUAUCUUCAUACAUCACCUUCGUCUGAAGCCCAAACAAUCGCUUGGCCAGGAGAUCCAAGAACACGCUCAAAAAGCUGGAUUCGUGGUGCAGUUCUUCGAAGAUCUCCUGGAGCUGGUGCUCCUCAACUUGACCCACUCAGACAUUCCAGCCAUCGACCGCCUUCAAAUUGAGUACAUUCAUCAGGAGACCAACACAUUGCUGGGCACGGAAGUUAUCACCUAUGACCACGAUGAAUUGAUGUCCAUGUCCCAUUAUUUCUUAGCCUAUUGGAAAGGGCAAAGGGAUCCCAAGGGAGUGGACAUUGAAGACACUUGGAAAUGUAUCUAUUGUGUCUUCGUCGACAUCUGUGAUUGGCGCCGGCAGAGAGCGGACAGCCUGAUCCAAAAGGGCAGCGAGAAGAAAACCUGAGCGAGAGCCAAGCCAACCCUAGCCAGCUUCCUGCUUUACCCUUCUAUCAUUCUUCCGACAAUAUGACUGGGUUUGCUAAAGACGGUAGAAGCUGUAGCCCAUCGUGUUUUCAAUGAGACUUCCUUAGGUCCGUGAAUUUAUUGGAUCGGCCCAACUCCUCCUCGCUCAGGAGCCAAAUGACUGUAGCUUCACUGUUUUUCUCUGUCUUUCUGUCACAAAGCUCAACAUUCUGAAUGUGAACUUGACACCAAGGUAUUGAUGGGUGGGUGUGCAUACAAAGACAAAAUGUGUGUAUAUUCCCAGGUCAAAAUUUUUAUUGUGAUAAAUUUGCAUAGUAUUUUUUCUCUUAACUCUGGACAGUUGUAAGCUGGACUACUACAGUAGUGGCCAAAAUUGUGGAAACCUUUUGGGAAAAGUGUAUUUUUGAGGUUUUAUGGCUAAUAACACCACUUUUUUUACUUUUUUUUUUGAGUUUCAAGAUAAUCAUAUUCCACUGCUGAGAUGGCUCAGACCUUAACCCAGUUGAAAAAUCUAUGGAGCCGACUAAAGAAACUUGUUAGUCAGAAGUGACCCAGCAAUAAAACCCAAUUAAUAGAAGCAAUCAUUCAGUCUUGGUUUCACAUUAGAACAGCUGCAGAACUAAAAGACUUGGUUCACUCCAUGGAAAGACGUUGUAAGGCUGUAAUUCAUGCUAAAGGUUACCCAACUAUUAACUGGCAUGGUGAUAAUUUUUGUGUAUCUCGUUUUUUUCUAUGGUGAUAUUUUUUGUAUAUCUCGUUUUUUCUACGUGUUUCACUUUUCUUCUUUAUAUUCUAAUAGCAAAUCCUUCAUAAAAGUUGUUGCGUUACAUUCUUGAUUAAAUUAUCUUUCCAUUGAUAUAUAA